AUGGAGAAACAGGAACGGGAGUCGAACCUUACUAAAGCUCGUAGACCGCGAGUUAAAAAUGACUCUAGAGUCGCGACCGUGCCGCCACCCUCAUUUUUGCGCAAUAAAACAACUUCCGGUUCGAAUAGACCUCGCGUCGCUCGAAUUAAUACUUCUAGUUUAUCUGAUAAAGAAAAGGCUAGGUCUGACGAUGGUUUUUUUUCUGACUCGGAUAAAGAUAGUAGUCAGAGUAAUAAAUCUGCCAAUUCGAAUAUAAGUGUACAGAGUAGCAUGAGCUUUCUUAAUAAGACUCCUUCAAUCAUAUCGGAUGCUAUAAUACGUGUACGGCCAAAAUCUUCUCUUGGAACUUCAUCCGAAAAAUCUCAUAUUGAUCUUGCAAAUCGUCAAUCACAACAAGCUGAUGAGGCAAGAAAGAAUAGAAAGAUAGCUGAUUUGGAAAUCUCUAUAAAAUCUCUAAUGACGAUAAAUGCCGAAUUGGAUGAAACAAAUAAAAAGCAAGCUGCUGAAAUAAUAGAAUUGAAGAGAAUGCUUAAAGUUAAUGAUUCAUUUAUGUCUGAGGUUUAUGCUGUUGAUGAUGAUGAAUUGUCUACACCAUUAACUGAGACGGACUUGGCAGAAAUUGAAAAAGAUAACGAUGUUCGGUUUAAACGAAUAUGUCUCCUUAUAGAUGAAUUACUUCGAGAUGCACAAGAAGCUCUCGAGUGUUCGGCAAAAGCAAUUGGAACUAAAGUUUUACCUAAUGCACAAUUAGGUUUGUCAACUGUCAACAAUACAAGUUGUAACGAAUCAGAUACUCCAAACGAGGAUUUCUUAAAUGAAUCAGUAGGACAUUAUGAUGAGAUAUUAACACAGUCAUCACAUCAUUCUAAUACAUCUAUAGAAUCUAAAAAUCUAGAGGUAAAGUUGGAGGAAUUAGAAAAUAAGUCUAUCAGCACUAUAUCAUCCAAAAGGUCAAAAAAAUCAAAGACGCGAAGUAACAUUGAUACAUUAAUUUCAACGAAUCCAAAAUUAAAAAUAAAAACUUCAAUGAAUCAAAAACAAAAUAUUGUGGGUCCAAAAUUAAAAUCACAACAUUCGAGGGAUCCUAAAUUAAAAAAUUCUCCUGACACACCAACUUCGGUAGACCCGGAGCUAAAAAAUUCAAAAUCGCUUAUUUGUGAAAAUGGUGAACGUGUCCAAGAAGUUAUCAAAGAACUUUUGAUCCUUGCAAAGCAAGAUACUGCAAAGCAAGAUACUGUAAAUAAUAAAAAACUUACACCACAACCUUUCGAACGAAAAGGUCUUGGAUUAUUACUCUCCAUUCAGGAUGGGCAGAAUGGAAUUAUACCACAUAAUACUUAUAAUACCUAUAAUACUGUUACUAACAAUAAUGUUGAUACAUCACCUACUUCUCCUACAAUAACGCUUUUAUACGAGCUUCAAGAAUUAUUGGGGAUAGGUGAUGCUGAAUCGUCAAAGUUUACGAAUGAAUACCGUAAAAGUUGUCCGGUGAUUUCUUCUAGUAGAAUUCAUUUUCAAAUUGAUGCGCCAAAUGAAGACAGUAUAGUUGAUGAAAGAGAUGGUUCAAGAGCUCAAUUAAAUAACUCUACUGAUAGAGCACGAGUUGUUCGUCGUCGAUCUUCGCCGAAUUUCAGAACUCCGUCAUCUCCAAUGAAUAAAUCAGAUGACGCUUUCAACACAUCGAGGGCGAAGAGUAACGUUGAUUCAAACUCACAUCCACAUGGUUCUGAUGUUGUUAAACCUUCGUUAUGGGCUUCAUCAUUAGGCUUUUUAACGCCUUGGAAAUUGGAAUAG